CACAAAGUUUCUUUCAUCAGGUGAGCAAGAAGAAGACGAUGGACGCAGAGAGUCUAGUUCAACACGUUGAACGAGACAUGGAGGCCACUUUAUGGCCCCUAUCAGAGACCACCGACUGGCCUGAAGACGGGAACGAGACGUUUGGGAAUCAGUUCCAACAGCCGGACUGGCAGGUGGCCCUCUGGGCUAUAGCAUACUCCCUCAUUAUCCUGGUUUCUAUCACUGGGAAUGUCACAGUGAUCUGGAUCAUCCUGGCUCACAGACGCAUGAGGACCGUAACCAACUACUUCAUCGUCAACCUGGCCUUCUCAGACGUCUCCAUGGCAACCUUCAACACUCUUUUUAACUUUGUGUAUGCACUUCACAACGACUGGUACUUUGGUCUGGGAUACUGCAGAUUUCAGAACUUCUUCCCCAUCACAGCCAUGUUUUCAUCCAUAUACUCCAUGGCUGCCAUCGCAGUGGACAGGUACAUGGCAAUCAUCCAUCCUCUGAAGCCCCGCCUGUCCUCCACCUCUACUAAGGUUAUGAUUGCUGUGAUCUGGACUGUAGCGAUCCUGCUGGCUUUCCCUCAAUGCUACUACAGCGUGACCAAAUUUUACUACCCCAGAACCGUGUGCAUGGUGGACUGGCCUGAUGAUUAUGGAGGAACACAUCAACUGAGUUACCAGUAUGCAGUGAUUUUGCUGAUCUACUUGCUCCCUCUGCUGGUGAUGUUAGUGACUUACAGUUUAGUUGGCCGCUUGCUGUGGGGUGGACACAUCCCUGGAGAGGCGACAGACCACUAUCACAGCCAGUUAACAGCGAAGAGAAAGGUUGUGAAGAUGAUGGUGGUCGUCGUUGUGACCUUUGCCCUCUGCUGGAUGCCAUAUCACAUCUACUUCAUACUGGGGUCAUUUAACAGGGACAUUUAUAAUCAGCGCUACAUUCAACAGGUGUAUCUGACCAUAUUCUGGUUAGCAAUGAGCUCAACCAUGUAUAAUCCCAUCAUUUACUGCUGUCUAAACCAAAGGUUUCGUGCUGGUUUCCGUCACGCAUUUUCCUGGUGUCCCUUCAUCCAAGUGUCAGAGGAGGACAAGAUGGAGCUGCAGUACACACACACCUUCAGAGUGACCAUGACACGCAGCCAUCGCAACGACAAUACAUACACACACGCCUCCAUCAAAACAAACAACCCCUUUGACACGAAUACUGAGCACAACGCGGAAAGAGAUGUUUGCAUACAGCUUAAAAAGCAGACGUCAAACAACACACACGCUGUGAGGAGGCCGGACCACACAAGAUCUCCAGUCAACAAACUUAUGGAUUACAACCACUGACUGCUGAUGGGAGGGAAACAGGGUAUAUAUGAAGCUGAAACAGGGCUCUUAAUUAAAGGACUGAAGCUGAUAGAGAGAGAGGAAUGCUGCUAACUGUAAAACAAAUCUGAACAAACUGGUGAGCUGAAAACACGAGAGAAGAUUCAAUGGACCUGACUUAUUAGAAAUUAUUGAAAGGAUUAACUUUUAAACUUUUUAAGGAGACACGAAUGAUUGUGACUUUGGAUCUCAUGGAUGUUUGCUGUCAGUGCCAAAAUAUAGAAAUGAGUAAGUAUAGUUAUUAACAGAAGAAACCACCCCGUCAUACUGCACAAGGGAGGCUUAUUUUAACAGUGUUCAUGGUUAGAACAUUCUUCUUCUUCCUCCUCUCUCUCGUUUCUACAUACCUCCCUCCACCGCUGUCACUUGUUUCCUUCUGCUGUUUUGGAGAAAAACUGUGAAUCUUGGAUAGUGGAUUUACUUGGCAGGUUUUGUCUGUGUUUACUGGUUUUCAAGUCCACAGAACAGAUGAGCAGUCCACUGGCAUCAGCACCGAGCCUUAAUGUUGUUGUUUAUGUCUGUUUACCUAUUUUUACUGCCUUAGAUAUGAGACUUCAGAGGAAACAAAGAUGUUUUUCAUGUUUAGCACAUAUUAAGUUUCUUCACCAAUCACUCUUUAUGAGAUGCUAUAACUGUAAAAUUAAUGUUUAUCAGAGUUUCUCAUACAAAACAUCAGCAUGUACUGAACUGCAGAGAUGUUGCAUCAGUGUUUUUUCAUUAUAAGGUCAACUCCAUAAAAAACACAUGAAUAUCACACUUGAUCAUUUGUGUUGGACAUAUAAGAACAUGUUUUUAAAGAACGUGAUUAAAUUUGUUCAUGUCCUAAAUGUGAAAAAAAGGUUGAUUAUGUUUCUUACAACAAAGGAAGCUAGCAUAACUCCUGUGCUACGUUUGAAGACCAAACAUGUUGGAAACAUUACUCUAAACUGAAUCAAAUCGGCACAUUUGAUCCAGAGAUACUUGUCAUUAAUGCUCUUGCAUCACUUGUAAAAUACUCAUGACUGCAACAGCACCGCCAGUAAGUGGACUUCAUAAAGUGAGGUUACAAACAUUCAUUCAUGUGUUUAUCCUGUGUGAGUGUUAUUGCUGGGCAUCAACAGUUGCAGUAACAGUGAAUGCCACCUCUUGUUUCUAAUAUGAAUACUGCUUUAGCUUUGAUAUCAACUGUUUUACAUUUGAUUUCACAGAAUUAUCUGGAUGUAUCUGCAGCUGUACAGGACUACUUCUUGAACAUUUGGUCACAUGGCGUUCAUUUAUUUAGUAUGUUGUGUCGGUGUAGAGUCCUGAUUAAAAAACAAAGUGCUGCUGAUAAGAAUCUGAUGUAACAUGUGAAACUGUUUGACUAUAUUCAAUGUAAAUACUUGAUUUGUGCGAUUGUAGCAGGUUACUGCAAACUUGACUUUGAUAUUUGGAAUACAGUGACGUGAAACAUGUUUAAUAUUUAUUGUUUACACACAAAAGAUUUGUUUGUGACCUAAAUUAAGUCAAUAUGUUCAAUAAAUGUAAAGUGCGUGUGUGUGUGUGCGUGCGUGGUACUAUAAUAGUUAUGUGCUGAAAGGCAGAGUUAGUGUUUUAAAUGUAUUCAAGGCUGCCUGAUCCUAAUAACGUGAGCAUUGAAAAUUAACCUCUGAAUACACCCAACAUCACAGAACAGUCACCAAGUAAAAUAAGUUCAAAACAUU